AUGAAAUCUUUAGCACUUCUUAGGUCAAUUCGCAUGCGCCCCAUAGGGCCUUUACAAAUCCGUUCUUUUCAACCCGAUUUUGUCCCUGCAGACCCUAAAUCCAAACCCAAAAGGUACAAACUACCCGCAUCAUAUGACCCAUAUGGCCCUAGACCUCCACCUUCUGACAAAAUCAUCCAACUUGCUGAAAAAAUUGCAGCCCUACCCCCUGAAGAGCGUAUGCAAAUAGGUCCUACACUUAGAGAGAGACUAAGGCAUCCCAAAAUGCAGUCGAUUUCAGUUGAAGGGGUGGAUUUGGGUGCCCGAGGUGGGGCAGGAGGUGGGGCAGGUAAGGUUGAAGAGAAAGUUGAGAAAACAGCAUUUGAUAUAAAGUUGGAGAAAUUUGAUGCAGCUUCUAAAAUUAAGGUGAUUAAAGAGGUUCGUGCUUUUACAAGUCUUGGAUUGAAGGAAGCUAAAGAUAUGGUUGAAAAAGUUCCUGUUGUGAUUAAACAAGGUGUUACUAAAGAAGAGGCGAAUGAGAUCAUAGAGAAGAUUAAAGCUGUUGGGGGUGUUGCUGUCAUGGAGUGA